GCACACGCACACACGCGCGCCCCUCCCCCUCCCUGCUUGUGUCGGUGUUAAUCCGCGUCUGUCAGUGCGGCGUCAUGGCGGAUAUCAAAACGGGAAUCUUCGCCAAAAAUGUGCAGAAGAGGCUGAACAGGGCGCAGGAGAAGGUUCUACAGAAGCUGGGAAAAGCGGACGAGACCAAAGAUGAACAAUUUGAACAAGUUGUCGUCAACUUCAGGAGACAGGAGAGUGAAGGUUCCCGGCUGCAGAGGGAGAUGAAGGCCUACAUGUCUGCCAUCAAAGGAAUGCAGCAGGCCUCCAUCAACCUGACUCAGUCUCUUCAUGAGGUCUACGAGCCAGACUGGCAUGGAAAAGAUGAUGUCAUGACCAUCGGAAAGGAUUGUGAUGCGAUGUGGGAAAGCUUCCAUAACAAGCUGGUAGACUCUACGCUGUUGAAUCUGGAUGCAUACUUGCUACAGUUUCCUGACCUAAAGACCCGUGUGGCCAAAAGAAGCCGAAAACUCAUCGACUUCGACAGCGCUCGGCAUCACGUUGAAACGCUUCAGGCAUCUGGAAUGAAAAAUGACCGCAAGUUAAUGAAGGCCGAUGAUGAGCUGAGAAAAGCCCAGAGAGUGUUUGACGAUCUCAAUGUUGGUCUGCAGGAUGAACUACCAACCCUUUGGGACAGCCGAGUUGGAUUCUACAUCAGCACUUUUAAGAGCGUGACGAGCUUAGAGGCCAGAUUUCACCGGGAGAUUUCUCUGGUGUGUAAGCAGCUGUAUGAAGUGAUGAUGCAACUUAGCGAACAACAUGCUGACAAAAUGUUCACCAUCCAAGGAGCACCAAGUGAUUCAGGGCCGCUGCGACUCGCUCGGACGCCCUCACCACCGGAAGAAGAGAGUCCUCCUGAGAGUCCAGAUGCCAGUUACAAUCAUAUGCUUCGACCAGUCUCUCCUGGACCCCCGCGGCCCAAAUCUCCAGUACAGCUGAAAAAGGGCCCACCGGUGCCUCCGCCCCCCAAAGUCACACCUUCCAAGGAGGUGGUGGAGGAGCAGAUCAUCGACCUGUUUGGAGGAGAGUUCUUACCUGCACCGUCUCCAUCACAGCCCAAUGAGCGGCCUGGAGAAUCUCUUCUCGAUCUGGACUUUGACGCCUUCCAGGCAGAUGAAAGUGUGUCACCAAUACCGCAGACUGCAGUGCCUUGGGAUACGUGGUCGGCGCAGCCGUCCAAGACUGCUGAAGAAAGCGGAUUUGUCGCAGACUGGUCAGCUGACUUUGGUUCAGCCAAUGGAGAGACUGCUGCAGGAGCUGAGGACACUGCUGAGGACACUGCUGCUCCUGAAGGGGCAGAGAGUGCUCCUGAAGGGGCAGAAAGUGCUCCUGAAGGGGCAGAGAGUGCUCCUGAAGGGUCAGAGAGUGCUCCUGAAGGGGCAGAGAGUGGCGAUCAAGCGGAAGAUCCUCAUUGGGCCACAGGAGACGGUCCACAACUGCCUGGAGAUAGAACCACACCUUCUCCUCCACUUCAGGACAGUGAAGCAUCUGAGGAUGAGGUUAGCAGCUGGGAAGACCCUUCUCAAACAAACACCAAACAUCUCUAUGGUGCUGAUGAUGAAACUGAAACAGGUCAGACAGUCUUAGAGAGAAAUAAAUCAGGGGAGGGAGACCGCAGGAAAUCUACCCCUGGGCUCAUUUUUACUAAUGAAUAUGGUGAACAGAUUGAGGACUGCUCCGGACAACUGAAGUGGUCCAGGUCUCCCGAUGGCUCCGGAUCUGAAUAUGAAACUGCUGAAGAAUGGGGAGAUGGAGUUCAGGCACGGGGCUGGGCAAGUGCAGACGAUGAGCCUUUACGAGAAGACAUCCCUGCUGUUAGAACUGCAGAAGGAGAAGAUGAGAAUGUCACAGAAAGUAGAAGCAGUGCUGAAACAAAGCUAAAUAAGAAACCUGCAGAAGAACAAAAAACAAAACAGGCACUUUUAAUGUCAGGAGAUUCACCAAACCCAAAUGAAACACAGGGAGGAGGAGUGUUUGAUUCUGAUCAUAUUGCCGAAAUACAUGGAGAGGGUGUGUUUGAUUCUGGUCCUUUUGCUGAAACACAGGGAGGGUGGGCAUUUGAAACUGAUCAUUUAGCCGAAAAACAGGGAGGCGGGGAAUUUGAUUCACCCAACCUAACUGAAACACAGGUAGUGGGGGCACUGGAUUCAGAUUAUUUUGCCGAAACACAGGGAGGAGGUGCGUUUGAUUCUGAUCCUUUUGCCAAAACACCGGGGGAGGAAGCGUUUGAUUCACUAAAUAUAACUGAAACACGGAGAGAGGGUACUUUUAAUUCACUAAACCUUACCGAAAGGCAGGUAGAGGGGGCGUUUGAUUCAGAUCCUUUUGCCAAAACACAGGGAGGAGAUGCGUAUGAUUCUGAUCCAUUUGCCGAAACACAGGGACAGAGUGCGUUUGAUUCUGAUCCUUUUGCCGAAACACAAAUUGGAGGAGGGGCGUUUGAUUCUGAUCCUUUUGCCGAAACACAGAUUGGAGGAGGGGCGUUUGAUUCUGAUCCUUUUGCCGAAACACAGAUUGGAGGAGGGGCGUUUGAUUCUGAUCCUUUUGCCGAAACACAGAUUGGAGGAGGGGCAUUUGAUUCUGAUCCUUUUGCCGAAACACAGACUGGAGGUGGGGUGUUUGAUUCUGAUCCUUUUGCCGAAACACAGAUUGGAGGAGGGGCGUUUGAUUUGGAUCCUUUUGCCGAAACACAGAUUGGAGGAGUGGCGUUUGAUUCGGAUCCAUUUGCCGAAACACAGAUUGGAGAGAAGUCAGAUUGUUUUAAAUUAGACAGCUCAGGAGAUAACUGUUUUGUGGACUCCGGAGAUGGAGGAGGCGGGUGGAAUCCUUUCCCCAACAGUGUCCCUUCAGCAGCUCCAGACGCUGUGGUGGAUGCUGAUGUAUCCUGGAAGCAAGUUAGCAAGACCAGCGGCUUUGAUCCUCCUAUCAAACACCCAACGUCAACCACAGAAGUUCAACAUGUAAAUGUUCCCAAAAUUCGCAAGGAACCAGAAAGUUCCGACAUGUCCGAAGACGAGGCUGCAAACCUGAGAUUUGGAAAGUUGUACCAAGAUGUAGCUAAAGAAAAGGAAGAGACGGAUGCUACCGGCCCACCAUUCUUGGCAGAAUUUAAUACAACGAAUGAAGUAAAAGUUGAUUCAUUGGAAAACGCUGAGAUGCCAACUCCUCCGGCCACUGCUGGCGAAGAGGAUACAGCAGAAAAUGUUGCCUCUUCAAAGGAAGAGAAACCCACUGAGCCUGCUUCAGGUUUGGAAGAAAAGACAGAGAGUCCUGUGGAUGAAACUUCGGAAACAAUGCCCAUUCCAUCCGUGGUGAUUGAGCCCGCCUCCAGCAAUGAAGGUGAUGAUGAUCGUGACGCCGACAUAAUCUCACCUUCAGCUAUCAGUGACAACGGCGUGGCAGCUGAUAAACCGUCAAUCAAACCCAUGGGCUCGUCUGCGGGAAUAGCAGGACUCCCUGAUGACUUUCUGUACAAGGUGGAGACAAUGCACGACUUUGAGGCUGCCAACUGUGAUGAGCUGGACCUGAAGCAAGGGGACGUAGUUUUGGUGGUUCCCACUGCCUCAGUAGAAGAUCAGGAAGCCGGCUGGCUAACAGGAUUCAAAGAAAGUGACUGGAAGAUGCUCGGAUCUGGAGCUCAAAAGGGACUUUUCCCAGAAAACUUCACACAGCGCUUGGAGUGAGAAGGCUCCUCAGGGCGGAGGAAAUAAUCAAGAAGCAAUCUGGGACGCAUGAACCAAUGCCUUUUAGUUGAAACACUGCGGGACUCCUCCUGGCAUUCACUCUCAUGUGAUUCAAUAUGGACCUUUCUCCCCUGUUUAAAGAAAACCAAACACAAAAUUGUUGAUUUAGUUUUUGCAUGUUCCCAUCUAAAAAAUAUUUCGGAAGGAAAACAAAAAGUACUACAUAUUCUACGCUAAAAUGUUAACACUGUGUUUAAGUACUUUCCAAUAUAAUCCAUCAAUUUUUGUGUUAAUUACUAUUGAUAUACUGUGGUUUAUCACAAUUUGUGGGGCUUUGGUCAUAUUUUGUUGGAAGAUGUGUCUGUGAACUGGCUUGUUUCAUCAUCACUGUUAGUGUAGUUUUGCAAAAACUUGAAAUUUCUUCCGGCAAUUACUUCUGUUGUCAACAAUGGUAGAGUAUUGUAAUUCAAACCUGUACUUGUAACAUGGAAAAUUACGUUAUUUCAAAUGAAGAAACAAAGUAUGAAUUCAGGGAAGAGCAACACAUCCAAUAUGCAAUAUAUGUAAAUGUAUGUAUGUAUAUACAUACAGUAUAUAUGUAUACAUGCACAUACAUACUGUACAUAUAUAUAAUUAGUUGACUUGAAUCACAUGUAUGUUUGAGAUUAGAUGUUGAAGUUGUAUCAUUGUCAUAUCAAUACCUGUCGCGAUUAAAAUGUUUCCAUAAGGUCUCAUUACACCAGUGUAAAUUUUCUUUACUA